UGAUAAGGGCGGAAACUGACUCAUAGUCCGCACUGAAUCUCCCGCGAACGCAGCCAUUUACCCCUUUUCUCUCUUAGUGGCGACACCGAAAAUUCGCAACCACGGCGGACUCAAUGGCACAGUGUGUACCGGUGGCGGUGUUCAAGCUUGUCUUGGUUGGAGAUGGAGGCACCGGAAAAACGACUUUUGUAAAGAGGCACAUUACAGGAGAGUUUGAGAAGAAAUAUGUUGCCACCCUGGGAGUAGAGGUGCACCCACUGAUGUUCCACACCAACAGAGGAGCUAUCAGGUACAAUGUGUGGGACACAGCUGGUCAGGAGAAGUUUGGAGGCCUGAGAGACGGCUACUACAUUCAAGCUCAGUGUGCUAUCAUCAUGUUUGACGUCACCUCUCGAGUCACCUAUAAGAAUGUACCCAACUGGCAUCGUGAUCUGGUCCGUGUCUGUGAGAACAUUCCCAUCGUCCUUUGCGGCAACAAGGUGGACAUCAAAGAUCGGAAAGUCAAAGCCAAGAGCAUUGUGUUUCACCGCAAGAAGAACCUGCAGUACUAUGACAUUUCUGCCAAGAGUAACUACAACUUUGAGAAGCCUUUCCUGUGGUUAGCAAGGAAGUUGAUCGGUGAUCCUAAUCUGGAGUUUGUGGCAAUGCCUGCCCUCGCUCCCCCAGAGGUCCAAAUGGACCCGACCCUUGCGGCGAAGUAUGAGGAAGAGCUUCAUGUUGCAUCACAAACAGCACUCCCAGAUGAAGAAGAUGACCUCUAACCUGUUUGUUUCCUGAAGCCCCCCACCCCACCCUACCCCACCGACCCUCAACCAUGGACAGGAAGUUGGAGUUUUGCCCCCUUUACUGUAAAAUCCCUUUUCAGAUUUUUUAUUUUUGAAUUUUUUUGUUGUUUUAAAACUUAAAAAAAAACUUGGUGGAAAAGUUGUGGUUCUAAUUUCACUGUUUAAGACACACCCACCCUAGUGUUGUUGUUGGCAUGGCAGUGUGCUACUCUUCAUCGUCGAGCACCCUCCACUGCACUUACCCAGCUCACAUAAUGCUGUUGUACGGUGUACUGGAAGCACUAAGGGGAGUAAACUUUGAAUAAAAACAUUCUCAA